AUGUCGGACUCGGAGGAUCUCUUCAAUUUUGUACCCAUGAAUCAACCAGUCCAACAAACCACUGGACAGAAGACGCUGGGUCUCGCUCGCAAGAGAUCAAAAACAGAUCAGACAUUCUAUCAAUUUAUAAAGAAGCCUGUUUCUCGUGGAACGAAAAUAAUAAAAAUAGAAAUCUAUGAUACAGACAGUUUUCAAAAAUCCGAACAGCCGAUGUGUAAUUACUGCGUCUAUUUCGAGACGUCGUCGACGUCUCCGUACCAGAUCCGACGGAUAGAAGAGCUGAACAAGACGCCGUCUGGGAACGUGGAAGCAAAAGUCAUGUGCUUCUACAGGCGGCGAGACCUUCCAAAUCCUCUUAUACAGUUAGCUGAUAAGCAUCAAAGAUAUGUUAACACGUUAAACGCCAUGGGGGUCACCGCUAGCGGAGGAUUUGCCUUCAACAGUUUUCUGUCGGCAGUCAAAGGCAAAGUGGCCCAGUCGGAAGACUCACCAAUCGCGAUGAAACUCAAGAAAAUAUGCCUUAAAACGCCGGUCGGCGAGGAACAAGCAGCACAAGCAGUCCUCGACCCUGCGCUAGCGGCGAUGGAGGAGGAAUCUAGCGAGUUGCCAGGCACGGACGGCCUGGCGCCCAAACAGCGGCACCAGGCGAAACACCGGGAGCUGUUCUUAUCUCGGCACGUGGAAACACUGCCGGCAACACACAUACGCGGCAAGUGCACCGUCACGUUGCUCAACGAGACGGAGUCGCUGCUCAGCUAUCUCAAUAAGGAUGACGCAUUUUUUUAUUGUUUAGUAUUUGAUCCUUCACAAAAGACUUUAUUAGCAGAUAAGGGAGAAAUCAGAGUUGGAAGUAGAUAUCAGACUGAAGUAACUAAUUUAUUAAAAGAUGGCGAAGAGGAUGUCCGCAACAGUGAGGAUUUGGAGACACUGGUGUGGACGCCGGAGCACGGGCUGACAGACCGGCAGAUCGACCAGUUCCUGGUCGUGUCGCGCUCCGUCGGAACCUUCGCGCGCGCCCUCGACUGCUCCUCCUCCGUCAAGCAGCCCUCGCUGCACAUGUCCGCCGCCGCAGCCAGCCGAGACAUCACACUCUUCCACGCGAUGGAUACCCUGCACAAAUCAGGCUACAGCAUAGAGUCUGCUCUAUCCUCGCUAGUGCCCGCAUCGGGCCCAGUACUUUGUCGCGACGAGAUGGAAGAGUGGUCUGCCUCCGAGGCCAAUCUCUUCGAGGAGGCGCUUGACAAGUACGGCAAGGACUUCGCUGAUAUACGGCAGGACUUUUUGCCAUGGAAGACGCUAAAGAACCUUGUAGAGUACUACUACAUGUGGAAGACGACGGACCGCUACGUACAACAAAAACGCGUCAAGGCGGUCGAGGCCGAGUCCAAGUUGAAACAAGUGUACAUUCCCAACUAUAACAAGCCGAACCCGGCGCUGAUAACCAGCAACAGUAGCAGCGGCAAGGCGCCCGCCGUGCUCAACGGGGGCACCAACGGUACCGCCACCGUCACCGCCGCGCAACUCUGCGCCUCCUGCCAAGUGACAAAUUCUAACCAGUGGUACACAUGGGGACCGCAGCAUUUACAAUACAGACUUUGCGGCACAUGCUGGCAAUACUGGAAAAAGUAUGGAGGUCUCAAGACCGCUGGAGUCUUCGGCGAGACCGAAGUAGAAGCCGCGAAAGGUCCUCGCGGCGAAGGCGAAGACACCGCACUGUCCGUGUCUCAUCGUCCACAUCGCUGUACUGUUCUUAAUUGUGCUAAGGAGUUCAAGUUGCGCGCGCACCUGGCGCGGCACGUGGCGACGGCGCACGGCAGCGGCGAGGGCGCGCGCCCCGUCAUGAAGACGCGCGCCGCCUUCUACCUGCGCGCCUCGCCCUUCACGAGGCUCGCGCGCAGACUCACGCGCGCGCUGCGCCGUCCGCGCCACUACGCGCGCUCGCCCUUCUCGCCCAUCAACCUCGCGCAGGUCAAACACGAGUGCUCCGCCGCCAUGGCGGCCCUCGGCGGGCCCGAGCUGCGUGCGGCCGGCGCGCCGGGCGCUGGCACGCCGCGCGUCCGGGGCCCCGUGGGCGCCGUGGCGGCGCGCCUGGCUUCCGCGCGCGGCGGGCCCGUGCCGGCGGCGCGACACGACUGGCUGGCGCUUACGCCGCGCGACGCCAUGCCGGCCCCUCCACACGUCGCCUUCCCCAAGCCGCCAAAGGCGCCCGACGGCAGCCUGAUGUAUGAACGUGUAUUGUCUCGCGCUGAAAUAGAAGCCCGCCGCGCAGAAGCUGCGCCUGCGCAACCCCUAAAACGACGCGCCUACGAUGACAUUAAUGGCCUCGACAGAGGCGGCGGGGCGCGCGAGGGCGGCGAGUGCGCGGCGCCGCCGCCGGCCAAGCGGCCCAACAAGCACCCGGCGCCCAUGCAGCGGCCGUCGCGCGAGCAGUACGCCGCCAUGUGCGCCCGCGCGCAGGCCACCGGACAGCCGCUGCCCGCGCAUGUCUUCACGCACGUCAACGGCAAGCCGACCAACAUAAGCGGCAGGGGUGGCCGCAGGCACGUCAUCUCCUGGAUGGACGCGCCAGACGACCUCUACUUCCGAGCGAAUGAGACCGCCAAGAUGGCACGACGCAGCCUAUCGUGCGGUGAGCUCCGACGUGGCGCGCGCGCCCCCUGGCGAGCGCUGCGCGGGGGCGCGGGGAGCGCGGGGGGCGCUGGGGGCGCGGCGAGCGUGAAGGCGGCGGGCGGCGCGGCGCCGCUGCAGCUGGUGAUCCUGGACUGACAGCCGGCGCCGCGCCCCCGGCCCCCGCCGCCCCCGCACCCCUACACCAUGGAGGCGCUGCUCGGCUGAGCGCGCCCGCUGUAUAUUCGCGCUGUACAUACCCCGCGAGGCCGCCGUCGCCGGGGACCGAACGAAGAUUGUAUUUUUGGUAAUCGAAUCGCCGAGGACGGAUUCUGUAGAUAAUAUUUUAAACUAUAUUGUUCUUAUGUGGUUUGAUCUGGCGUCGAGCAAAAUAAUGUAUUUGAUACAUAAAACGAUAUGUAAGUCUAAUUCAUUCGGAGAUUCAUUGUAGGAUAAUUUACAAUUUUUUUCAUAAAUAAAGCACAAAUUGAAAUA